AUGGGGAAAGCCCGGCGGCGAUCAGCCGCUCGUCCGCGGGCCCCGGCCCCCCAGGAGGAAAAGAUGGAGGAGCCGGAGCCGGGGGAGCUGAGAGUCACGGAGGAGGCGGACGAUUUCCACGAGCGACGGGUGGAGGAGGCGUUGGCGGCGCUGGGCAGCGAGGAGGAGGAGGAGAGCGAGGAGGAGGUGGAGGAGGUGCUGGGCCUGGAGCUCAGCGAGGAGGAGGAAGAACAGGAGGAGGAGGAGGAAGGCCUGGACGAGCCUCUGGAUAUGGACAGUGACCUGGAGGAGAAGCUGGGCGGUGGGGGCUCUGGCCUCCCCGAUGAGUCCGCCUGGGGUCAGCGCAAGAAGAUAUAUUAUGGCACGGAUUACGGCCAGGCUGUCGCUGGUCCCAAAGCCACCAAAAAGAGCAAGGAGGAAGUCGAAGCCGAGGAGCGGGAGGAAGAAGAGGCAGCCCAGGCCAUCCAGAAACGGUUGGCUCACCAUCUGGGGGAGGAUGACUACGGCCUGGAUCUGCUGCAGGCCUAUGCUCCUGGGGCCGAGCAGCAGAGCGAAAAAGAGGCCCGGCGCAAAAUCGCCAAGGACUUGCAGUCUCUUUCUAAGAAGGAGCAGCUGAAGUUGUUGAAAAAGGAAUCCCCGGAGCUGCUGGAAUUGAUUCAGGACUUUGAAGGUAAAUUGGUGGAGCUCCGGGAUGAGCUGGAGCCGCUCAUGCAAAUGGUAAGAGAUGGGAUCGUCCCACAGGGGAAAGGUAGCCAGUACCUGCAGACCAAGUAUCACCUCUACUUGAACUAUUGUUGCAACAUCAGCUUUUACUUGGUGCUGAAAGCCAAAAGGAUUCCAGUCCAUGGUCACCCAGUCAUUGAAAGACUUGUAACUUAUAGAAACUUGAUCAAUGAUUUAGCUGUUGUGGACCAAAAGCUGUCGCCAGAAGUUCGGCUGCUUCUUAAAGAAUUCCAUAGUAAUGAUGGAGUGGAAGCAGUGAAGAAAUCCAUGGCAUUUCUCAGAAAGUCUGUUAACAAAAGCAAACCUGGAGCUGUUCGUAAGGUUUCCAGUGGUGAGCUUGCUGAAGCAGCUACAGAUGAUUCAGAAUUUGAUGAUGAGGCUGCCCUGAAUUAUUAUAAGGAGAUGGAGGAAAAGAUAAAAUCUAAGAAAAAGAGAAAAAUACAAACAAAAGAAAAGGAAGAACUCCUUGUGGAAGAGGAAGUACUGGAACAAAAGAGAGGAGCAACGUACCAAAUUGUCAAGAAUAAAGGCCUCACGCCCAAGAGGAAAAAGAUUGAUCGUAAUCCAAGGGUCAAGCAUCGUGAGAAAUUCAGGCGAGCCAAGAUUCGCAGGAAGGGGCAGGUUCGCGAGGUCCGAAGAGAAGAACAAAGAUAUGGAGGCGAACUUUCUGGCAUCCGUGCUGGGGUUAAGAAAAGCAUUAAGCUUAAGUGAUUCC